AUGGGCGUCUGCCCGAUGGAGUUCCGGCUCUCCAGCGGGUCCAAGAUCCCGGUGGUUGUGGCGGCGACGACGGUGCCAGGGGCGAAGCGGGUGAUGGAGCGCCCACGCACCGUGCCGAGAGAGGUGGUUGCCGCGCCCAAGAGCAGGCCGGUUAAGAAACCGAGCGACGACGCCGAGCCAUCGCGACCGCCCAAGGCCCCACGGGACGACGAUUCGCUGCUCACCGACAAGCAUGCAGAGCUGCUUCGGCAGAGCAACCAUUUUCUUGAAAUCAGCGAAACCUUCAAGCUCAAGGCCGAUGUCGAGCGCCUCAUGAGCAGAAUUGCACAGCUCGAAGACCGAGAGAAGAAGCACGUGGCCGCAAAGAAGAAGCUAGCAGAGUCCAACAAAGUGUUGGUAGAGCAGAACGCAGAGCUCACGCAGCAGAACAAGGAGCUGCGAGAGACCCGUGCCGAGGACAAGGUCAAGAUCCGAGACCUGCAAGCCCAGUUGGACCGCAAGAGAGACAAGGCUGCGAAUGUGCGAGAAGCCAAAAAAGAUGUGCCAACUGCAGAGCUACCCCCAACAAAGUCGAAAGCCGAGUACACAGCAGUCCUUCAAGAGCGCCACGCCAUCAUUGCCCAAGGCCUCGACGAGUCGAGAAAGACCGAGGCGCUGUUGCGGUCGCUUUUGGCGGAGCUCGAUAGUCCUUAA